GGGGCAGAGGGACAGCGAAGGAGUGAAGAGGGCAGAAGGAUAAAAAGGUACAGAGACACUUCAGAGAUGUGUGAGUUAUAAUUAAGAGAGCCAGAAGAAAGGCAGAGAAAGGGGGAGGAGAGCUAUAGGGAAGGGAAGGGAAAGGUGCUCAGAGACUGAGUCAGCCUUAAGAAGGCAAACACCAGAAGACAAGUUCAGGGAAUACCUCAAUAUACCAAGAAGGACCUGUUCUGUCUGAAUCUUCACCAUGAGCACAAGGAAGGGCUGCCCUCUGCCACUGGGACAAGGAAACCGGGAGGAAAAGCAUAGUGAGGGUACUUCUGACCUGGAGCGACAGGAGUGUGAGGUGGAGCUGAGGAACAAAGCUAUUCUGCAGCAGAAGAGGCGCCUUAAACAGGCUACCCAGUUCGUGCACAAGGACUCUGCUGACCUGCUGCCCCUGGAUGGCUUGACAAGGCUUGGCACCUCCAAGGAUCUGCAGCCACAUAGUGUGGUCCAGCGGCGGCUCCUGGAAGGCAAUCUGAACAAGCUGCGGGGCGAGACCAGGGUUCAGUCUGCAUGGGUUCAAUCUCCACUGGCAAAAGACCAUGAAGAAAAGAUGGAAAAGAGUGAGGAUAAGAGAAAAGAGACUUCAUCCCUGCUAGUACAGUGCCAGUGCCAAGGUCAGGUAUUGAAAGCGACUGUUAACACUGGGUGUCUACCAAAUUUCAUCUCCAAGAGCUGCUUAAACCAGCUGGGGCUGGAAGAAGUGCCUGCCAUGGACUGUGGAGAUCUCUCUCUACCCAUCCCCAGCGUUGUUGGCCGAGUAGAACAUAUGGAGUUGCAAUUUGGCCAGGAGACAGUGCUGUGUUCAGCACUGGUUGUAGAUGAUGAAAUGCUCGAGUUUUGCAUUGGUCUCCAGACUCUGUUGUCUCUCAAGUGUUGCAUCGACUUGGAGGAAGGAGUCCUGAGAUUUAAAGCACUGAGUCAAGAGCUGCCUUUUCUACAUGCUUCUGAAGAGCCUGGUCAGUGACUGUCUGCAUUCCCCAUGUACGGGGCUGAGGAGACUUGCUACCCUCAGAGAGAGAUGAGGGUGAGGCUCAUAUGCCCCUGACCUUGCUGAGUUCUAGGCUGAGGCAUUCUAGGCUGAGGAGUAAGACAAAGGCGAAUGGGUGCUGGAAACUCUUGCUGGGAGUGCCUCAUCUUGAGCAAUAUCACUCCUUUCAGUGGACCCUCUUGUUUGACCCAUGUGCUGAAUGGCCAUUUUGUUCUUGGUUUUCUACCUGUCCCUGUUCACUACAAUUUCUGCUUCUGUACUAAAUUCAUCCUACCCUUUUAAUGACUUAUUUUUACAAUACCCUCAAUUUGUGAGACAAGAGUCUCCAUGAACAAUCUUCAAUAGCUCUGUGGACAGGAGGACAAGCAACUUGUCCAAAAGCCUCCAAAGAUCACCGUGAAUGUUUCCCUUCUCUUUGCCUCAGUGUGAGCAGAGUCCACUCCCAUUUAUUUGUGGGAAGGGCUCUGUGGCUAGUCCCCUCACCUGUGCUCUAGGGAAGCUGGAUUUUUUUUACCUUUUGCUUGCUCAGAGCAAAAAAGACGUAUUUUCUCAGAAAGGCCUUGCAGCAAGAAAAAACUUUAGAGUUCUUGAUUCUAAGAAACCUUUGCAGCAAUGCUGAGCAUAGAUGCCUAGAGUACGGUGGGGGCUUGGACUUUGCCACUGCUUCCUUGGCCACUAAGCUAUACUAUAUGAAUGGCAAUACUUAUCAUCUUUUGGUCUUUUAUGUAGUACACACUUGCACACCCUCAUCUUCUGACCAGGCCUCUUCUCUCUGCAUUCCAGCUGCUCUACAUUUCUAUCACCUCUGCUGUAUCAUCAGAGAUCCUGCCACCCAGUUUAAAUGCUAUAUUGAAUUGCAGCACCCAGUCUUCUGCUUUCUCAGAUCCUUUCUUUCAACUUGAAAUCUAGUGACUGGACACAGAUAUAUAUAAUAUAUGUAAGAUAUAAUCAGCCUCAAGUCCUGGCAUCCCACUGCCCAUCAAGUUUGCUACUCCUGCAUGAAACAGGAACUAGACUUCCUUGCAGGUCAGAGAACUAUGAACUCCUCCAGGAUGAGUAUGGUGGUUAUUAGUCACUUAUUUGUUUGGUUUAAUUAUUUUUCUAUUCAUUUGCAUCCUAGAGCAUAGCUGUAUGAUAAAUACAUAGUCUAGUCUUUACUAGCUCUAGGAAAGAUGCAGCAGAUCAGGGCUUAUUCCAUGCUUCAUGACUACUGACUCACUAUUCAAACUCUGCACAAUGUCCCUUUGUCCAUCCUCAGAAUAUCAGGACACCCCAUUUUGCCUAUCUUCCUGGAUUAAAUACCGCUGGCUCUCUUUUUUUUUUAUUCAACCAUAGUUUCUCUUGCGCUUCUCAAAGAACUUGUGUAUGCAUUUCUGUUCGUUCUUUCCAAAAUCCGAUGCUGUAUGCUAUAGUUUAACAUGCUAAGGACAGCAGAGUACAGCCUGGCUGAUAUGAUUUGGGAUCCAAUUGCUAGUGUUAGGUGGUGUGACUCGCUUCUGCUUCACCUACAAACAGCAUCAGGCUAGUGAUUUCUAUCGUUAGUCAUCGUAUCUUGAAGCUUCUGAUCUGUUCCUUGGCUUCUUUGCCAUUCUUCUACUUGUGCAUCUAAUUAUUUCUGACAGCAUGAACUGAUUUCCAUGAAUCUCCUGAAUGACACCAACAUCUCCCAUUUAUG